GAGCUACAAACAGCUCGUUUACGGUGAUACAAUUGAAAAUGUUGUUUAUUUUUAAUUAAAAGAUCCCCGGUAUCACAAUUCCCUUUGCGGUCCAUAUUAGAUGAAUUGUUAAACCGCGCUGAUCGGUUUGUAUUUUGUGAUUGGUAUAUUCCUCGCUCUGUGGGAGACAGACCCGUUCAGACACUGAGGGAGAGCAGAGAGGAGAUCUGAAGAGCAGAAAGGACACAUUCACUGACGAGACGGUCAGAGCGAGUGACUAGAGCACUAGAGCCGUGCUGCACAUCCCACUGACAAUACCUGAAGACUGCCCUAUCUUGGUGAAAGCCAAGAAACAAAUAUGGAGUCUGUUUACAUUAAACAGGAGGAGGUUCUGGAAUUGGGACCUAUCUGCAUUAAACAGGAGAUGCCUGAACUGGAGCCUGUCCACAUUAAAAAGGAAGAGACUGAACUGGAGCCUGUCCACAUUAAAGAAGAGACUGAACUGGAGCAUGUCCACAUUAAAGAGGAAGAGACUGAACUGGAGCCUCUCUACAUUGAAGAGGAGCCUAUUGGCUUGUUGCUUAAGGGUUCAGAAAACAUAUCACAUCAAUGUAGUGGAUAUGGGAAGAGCUUCAGUCAGUCAGGAACCCUAAAAACACACCAGCGAAUUCACACAGGAGAGAAGCCAUAUCACUGUUUUGAAUGUGGGGUGAGCUUCACUGUGUCAGGAAGCCUAAAAACACACCAGCGAAUUCACACUGGAGAGAAGCCGAAUCACUGUACUGAAUGUGGGAAGAGCUUCGUUCAGUUAGGUGACCUAAAAAGACACCAGCGAAUUCACACUGGAGAGAAGCCAUAUCCCUGUUCUGAAUGUGGGGAGAGCUUCAGACAGAUUGGAAGCCUAAAAAGACACCAGCGAAUUCACACUGGAGAAAGGCCUCGUCGCUGUACUGAAUGUGGAAAGAGCUUCAGUGAAUUGGGACACCUAAAAUCACACCAGCGAAUUCAUACUGGAGAGAAGCCAUAUCACUGUUAUGAAUGUGGGCAGAGCUUCAAUCAGUUAGGAGUCCUAAAAAGACACCAGCGAAUUCACACUGGAGAGAAGCCAUAUUACUGUACUGCAUGCGGGAAGAGCUUCCGUCAGUCAGGAGACCUAAAAGCACAUCAGCGAAUUCACUCUGGAGAGAAGCUGUAUCCCUGUACUGAAUGUGGGGAACGCUUUAGUAGGUUUAGAGACCUUAAAAGACACCAGCAAAUUCACACUGGAGAGAAGCCGUAUCACAGUACUGAAUGUGGGGGUCCCCAGAGUGAGAGCCAGUCUGAAUCCAGAGACACAGAGAAGGGGAGCUUGUCAAACUGAAGGAGACAGACCCAUUCUUUCAGAAUGAACUGGAGAGCCCUGGGAUUCAGCUCCACUCCUGCCCCUGAAUUGGAAAUGAAUCUCACUCAUGCUGUGAGGAUUUAGGACAGAGUUACAGGGUCAUUCUACUUAGAAGGGACACGUUGGAAAUAUAUGCCAAGCUUUUUCUCUGAACAAUUAUAUGUGUGACAUGAACCCAACACAUUAACACGAGAACCGCCGGGUUUAUGCUACUACCUAGAACCUCCAGCAGUAGUCAUUUUGACGGGUACAUUUUAAACAGCUUCGAUAUGAAAAUGAAACACAAACUGUCAGACACAACUCAAAAGUUUUAUUUAUGAACAUCAUAUCUAACAUUUGCAUAGCAGAAACAUCGUAUUUAAAUGAAAAAAUAAAUAUAGAAGCCUUUUUUAAAUUAGCACAUAUAAUGCAUGAUGUAAAAACAUGAAAAACUAAUAAAAUAAACAUUUCAAAAGAAGAUAUUGUGUAAACAGCUGUAAUCUGUUAUAUGUACAUACGAAAUUGUAAAAACUAAGUAAUUAUUUACAAAAAUAACAUAAAAGGCUUUAUUUUCGAAAUGAGUGCAUAUAAUGUAUGAUGUAAAAAAAUGAAAAACUAAUAAUAAACAUUUCAAAAGAAGAUAUUGUGUAAACAGGUGUAAACUGCUAUAUGUACAUACAAAAUUGUGAAAACAAAGUAAUUAUUUACAUUAGCCUACUGCAUAGCACGAUUUCAAAAAAUGAAAAACAAUAAUAAAAUGAAAUGUGCAUUCAGGGAAACGUACUUCAAAGUAGCCCCCAUAUUCACACAAUCCACACAGACGUAACACUUAUCAACUUGUCGUGUGCAUUUGCCACAUACUGCUCUUUCACACUGGACACAGAUAUCAGAAGUUUUAUUUUUAUUGCAUUUAGUUACCUGGCAUUGUUUUCUGUUGCGUGUGUCACUUGAUGUGCACUGUAUCCAGGUUGAGCUGCGUUUCCCUGCUGCUUUGCAGUUUUCUGAUCAAAAGCUCUGUGGCUAGCAUCAUAAGAGGUCUCUCCUACUGAUAUUUUCCCCGGUGCAGUCAUUGUACAAAACUAAGGAAUUGAUGGCUGCCAUGUCCAGUACAUUGUAAAAUACAGCAACAGAAAACCAGUGAUUGCUUUCACUGAGUACUGCGUUUUGCGCAGAUGGUGGAAAUGCUCUUCUUCUUUGUUUACUGUUGCAACCAGGCUGUUUUUUAAAAAAAAAUUUCCAACUGUUUUGCUAAUUACAGUGAAAUAAUCUUUGCACAGGUAGGGGUAGGGGUAGGGUCCGCUGCCAACCAAAACUUGAUCCCAAACGUGACAGGUUUGUUUGUCCAGCAACACCGUGCUUUUGUCAGAAACAGCUGCUUGUCCAUGUAAUGUUUUAUGUUUAGCUUGAAACGGGCAACGCUGUUUUCAAUGAAGUCGUUCCAAAUUUCUGAUGCCAAGGCAAAUCUAUCUGUAGCUGCACUCAAAUCAAAACGCAAAAAUAAAGAUUUCUCGAAAAAUUCUUGUAAUAGUAAUAUUAUAAGACAGCAGACUAUAUAUGCUCAUGUAGACAGCCAGACGGCAAGGAAUUGAUAUGAUUACAAUAGAUAUUUGGAUAACGCAUAUCUAGUCAAGAGCAAUAUUCUAUUCAAAUACAUACUGCUGUAAGCUUACUGGAGGUACAGAUAACAAACUGGCUUGUAUACAUAUAAAAAUAGCGUAUUGUAGGUUAUAUUAAUAAUAAAAGCAUGUUUGAGCUAUAAAUGGCAUUACUGUUCCAAUGUCAGUGAGUACAGUAUACAAUACAGAAGUGAAUUGUUUAAAAGCACCCAAAACUAAGAAUAUCUUCAUGGGUGUGGCAGCAGUGUGUGCUUGGUCUAACUAGAAUGGCCUCUAAGCUCUUGCACCAGUGCAGACACAAGCUGAAGCAGCCUUGUGUUUUUUGUUUUUAUUUUAGGUUGUGCAAACUUUGCACUGGAGCAAAAGCUGUUUUGGUUUUGCAUGAAUUUGAAUAGUGGUUAGGGCUCUGGACUCUUGACCGGAGGGUUGUGGGUUCAAUCCCAGCUGGGGGGGACUCCAGCAGCAUAUCACUGUGUUUUUACUGACAUGUCAAUGGUUCUGAUUCACUGUGUUGCUGCUCCUGUGUGGCGUUUAUAAUUAUGACUCAUUAUCACUCUGAAUGUGGAGCAGUGUGGAGUAGUGGGUAGGGCUCGACCGGAGGGUCGUGGGUUCAAUCCCAGGUGGGGGACACUGCUGCUGUACCCUUGAGCAAGGUACUUUACCUAGAUUGCUCCAGUAAAAACCCAACUGUAUAAAUGGGUAAUUGUAUAUAAAAAUAAUGUGAUAUCUUGUAACAGUUGUAAGUCGCCCUGGAUAAGGGCGUCGGCUAAGAAAUAAAUAAUAAUAAUAAAUACUGAGAAACCCCAAGCUUGUUGUCUACUGGAGCCCUGCUUCAGUGCAAUGGGAUUGAAAUGCAAUGUGUAGAUUGUUGUAUAUCUAAUUAUUGUGACAGACCACAAUAUUAGAGCUGUAUAUAAUACUGUAAAACAUGAAAGGUUAGCAAGCAAACAAUUUUCACUAAUGUUACAUUUGUUACAAAUCUGCAGAACCUACAUACUGCAGCAUUACCAUCAUUACUACAUUCAUAGUUUAUACAGUUUGAAUAAUUCAUCUAAACAAUCUGCAGAAUGAAGUUGCCUCAGACUGUUUGACAGUAACAGAGCUGGUGCUUUUGUGGAAUCACCAUUAGCUGCUUAUUCCUUUUGGGCAAAAUAUGGCCUGCUUGUUUCUAUUUUUUUAUUAGUAUGCUAUUAUUAGAGUGACGCAGGGUCUUCUGGUUUUCAUUCCAACUUAAACUCUCAAUUAACAUAAUUGAUCUAAUUAUUUGUUCAUUGGACAUAUUUCAUAUUUUUCAAGGUCUUUUACAGUUGAUGAUUUAAAAAAAAUGCACUUGAUUCAAGGUACACAACCUAUGAAACAUUUUGAGACCUGGAGAGAAGUGUUAAAUGUGUCCAGUUAAUCAAAUAAUUAGACCAAUUAAGUGAUUGAGAGCUCGGGUGGAACUAAACCAGAAGACACUGCGGCCCUCCAGGAACUGAGUUUGACAGCUCUGUCCUGAGGCAAGCUUUGCGAUUUAGAAAGGAUUUCAUUGACAUUGAGUUUGAGUUCCUGUACAUUUUCCAGUAUCUCUGUGUAUGGGAGUGGCCUAAGAUAUUGAGGUAUUAAUGUUAAAUAUGAUAUCUUCAUAAUUAUGCACUACAAGGGCACAUUAUUAUGUUUCCAUUACCUCUGUAUGUAAAAGGAUUGUCAUUGUUUAAACUGUCAAUGAUUCCUGAGAUACAGAUCUGCAGCGGAACUGAACAAACCCAAGGGAGACAUUGGAAAAUACAAGCUUGCCAAAGAGGGAGAUGCUGCUGCAGGUUUGGCUUCAUGGAAUGAGAAAUGAAAUUCCCUCUGUAUCAUGGAAUUCCUUUGCUAGUGUCUCAUGAUGUAAGCCCUGGAGUGUGGGCUCAGUCUUCAUGAAAUGAGAAAUGGAAUUCCUUUGCUAGUGUCUCAUGAUGUAAGCCCUGGAGUGUGGGCUCAGUCUUCAUGAAAUGAGAAAUGGAAUUCCUUUGCUAGUGUCUCAUGAUGUAAGCCCUGGAGUGUGGGCUCAGUCUUCAUGAAAUGAGAAAUGGAAUUCCUUUGCUAGUGUCUCAUGAUGUAAGCCCUGGAGUGUGGGCUCAGUCUUCAUGAAAUGAGAAAUGGAAUUCCUUUGCUAGUGUCUCAUGAUGUAAGCCCUGGAGUGUGUGCUCAGUCUUCAUGAAAUGAGAAAUGGAAUUCCCUCUGUAUCAUGGAAUUCCUUUGCUAGUGUAUCAUGAUGUAAGCCCUGGAGUGUGGGCUCAGUCUUCAUGAAAUGAGAAAUGGAAUUCCUUUGCUAGUGUAUCAUGAUGUAAGCCCUGGAGUGUGGGCUCAGUCUUUUCUGUUGCCUGCUUGUUCUCAGUGUGUGAGUUCAGCUGCAUUUCCAGUGUCCUGAGCUGGGCUUUGAACCCACUGGGGACUCAGCUGAGAACAAGCCAGACCCACGACUCAGGGAUAAAAUAACAAGAUUAGAAAGCUUAUACGUAUAACUCUUUAUUGUUUUUAUUGAUUUGAAAAUUAGACAUUUUGAAAUCUAGCAAAUACUGUACUGGUAUUAUGGCUUCUGGUAGACUUUUGUGAUAUAAUUGUGUAGUUUCUUUGAUUACAUGAAGGUAAAUAAAAGAUUUAAAAUUA